UUUGAGAAAACCAAUAAGAUUUACCCCCGUUUUCCACCCUUACCGGCAUUCUCUCUGUGUCACCAGCGAAGGCAGCGCGCCAGCGUGAUCGUGGGGGCGGAGGAGGAAGUCAAAGGUUCCUUUCCUCUUCAGCGAGGGAAAACUGCGGGCGGCAGUGGAGAGUACAAGUAUCAAUGGAGGUAAAGAUGGCUUCGUAUGAAAGGAGAAAGGUGACUUUGAAGAGCUCGGACGGCGAAGAAUUCUUGGUAGAAGAAGCCGUGGCGAUGGAGUCUCGGAUGAUCUGUUACAUGAUUUGGGAUGGACUAGCAGGUGACGUGAUUGAACUCCCUGGCGUGAAGGGUAAGUUUCUAUCUAUGAUUAUUGAUUUUUGCAAGAAACGCGUUGCAUGGGCUGCUGGCGGCGAUGGGACUUUGGAAGGCUUGAAAUCUGAUUUUGUGAAGGUUGAUUUGGGCACACUGAUCCAUCUUAGUGCAGCAAGCUUUUGUCUGAAAACAAAUGAUUUGGUUGAUUUGACCUCUCAAACUUUAGCAAAUCGGAUUCAGGGGAAGACUAUUGAAGAGAUUUGCAGGGCCUUGAACCCUGAAGAAUAAAAGGAGAUUCAGAUGGAGAAUUCGUGGACAUUUGAGUGAAAUGAUGGUGGUGCUCUCUCUCUCUCUCUCUCCCCCACACCUUGUCCCUAUAUUUACUAUGAGUCUCUUGAGUUUUCUAUUUUAUUUGAUCAUGUUGAGUCUAGUGUGUUCUAUAUACUUAUUUGAAAGUGAUGAUUGUCUUUUAUUUCAUGUUGCAAGUUUAGGGUAAGAAAGUUGAAAUAACAUAAGAUAUGUAUC